AUGGGAUCAAAAGCAUUUUUGCUAAUUGUUUUGACUAUUUUUCUCGUGAUAACCUCAGAGGUUGCCGCCAGGGAGUUCGCUCAGAGCUCCACCACUCCCCUGGAUUACGGACAGGAAAAUGAUGCAAAUGACGCCAAAUUUCAAGGAGUAGGACUUCCAGGAUUUCCAGGAGGCAGAUUUGGAGGACUUCCAGGACAGGGAUUUGGUGGUGGCCAUGGUGGUGGAUUUGGUGGUGGAUACGGUGGCGGAUAUGGUGGUGGCAGUGGUGGUGGAUACGGUGGUGGAUAUGGUGGUGGCCAUGGAUAUACUGGCGGUUAUCCAAGGAGAGGAUAUGGUGGAUAUCCUAGAGGUGGUGGCUUUGGAGGAUGGCCUCGCAACUAA